AUGUGUUUCAGGUACAUUACGGCUCUGACAGACUCUGAGGAAGAAGAGAAGAGUGAGGUUGAUGAGAGUCAGGAGGAAGUGACAGUGAUCGAGCCUCUGGACGAGUUCUCAGCCCUCCUGGAGAGGGUGGACGCUCUACACAAUGGCACGGAUGGAGACAAGAGGGAGUGCCUCCGCACCAUGCUGGAUAAGAGAACAGAGGUGGGCCACUUCAACCAACAGUCAUAGUCUUUGGUUUGGAUGUCCUAGGCCUAGAAGCAAUGUCCAGGACUGCCGCGCAGAAGAAAUGCCAGCCCGCGCAGCCAGAGACGCACAAUAUUUAAACUUUACUGAAUAUUUAAAUGUAACAACCAAAACAAAUCUUACUUUGCAAGAUUGAGUUGGGUGACUUUGCUGUAGGCAACAGAGUAAAAUUAUAUUGAUAGGUAGCCUACGAGCCAUCUUUCCAUUACCCGAGGUUGCGAGUGGAUGCGCUUUUCAGGUCAAAGUGCAGAGCCACAUGCACAUUUGUUGUUAUUCUUUGCUAGUUAGCAAGUUAUUUGCCCAGGUAGGCUAUAGCAAAUUAUUGGUCAGCAAUGGGGGAGUGACUGCUUCCUACAAGAGCACACCACUUGUACAUUUCUAGCUGUCUUUGAAAAGCAAGUCAGGUAAAUAGCUUUUAUAUGUCUUAAAGGGGCUGUGUUGUGUUGUGGUACAGGCUUGAAAAUGUAAAGAAGCAAAUAGGCAGAGGGUAGCCUACAUUCUUCUCUGAUUCUCUGUAUGGUAAUAAUAUUGACUUUUAUUUUGUAAAGUGGUUUCUUGCAUCAUACAACACAAUACAAUACAAUACAUUCUCCAGUCACCUAUUUGGCCCAUGUUGUUACAGACCAAGUAGAAAAUCUCUCCUACUUGUCAAAGGACAAGUGGCUAAAAAGGUUAAGAUCAAGGCUAUAUCAUAGAAAUCAAAAGCUAUUUCCAUGUGGAAAUGUUAUUGGAUUCAUUUGCUCCAUUGAUUUUGUUGGAAGGCCACUCUGAUAGAUCUAAAUAAUGCUCAAAUAGCCACCUUAGCUUAUUGGCCACUGCCUGAAACUGUAACUUAAAAGGGUACAGCCUCAGUGUUCACAGUAAACGCAUGGUGGACGUUGCACAGAAUUCUCACAACGUUCAACUUUCCGCUCACAAGACCUGAAAUUUGCUCAAUGUAGACAAUAGUUAGAGGGAAUAUUGCAUAGAAGAAAUCUAUAUUUUUUUGCAAUGCAACCAAUGGAAUAGUUCCAAAAGACACAAAACGAAUACUAUUUGAAUCCAAGUCUGAGCACUAGAGCUCCUCGGUGAAGCUUGCCUCCAAAUGAAGGUCAAUAUGUGAAGUUUAUUGACACAGACACUUCUCUUUUCUUUCACAGUUUGGACAGAACACUACGUUCUUAUGGCGACUAGUUCGGGCCUACGUGGAUGUCCACGACAUCACUACCAACCUAGAGCAGAAGAAGACCCAUGCAGAGACUGGUAAUAAACCACAUACUGACCCCUUGAUCCCCAGUAUUCACACCAUGUACCAAAGAUUAGGGUUAUACAAUUCCAAACAUUUCCCAAAAUGCCAAGGUUUCUAUUUCCCAAAAUUGCCUGUUUUUUCAGUGUCUGGAAAUGUACAACCAUAACAGUGAUCCUAGCAGUUUCUGGUAUUGGAGACAUGUAAGUUCAUUUCUGGUUCUGCAGGCCACCCACUUGUUGGCAGUGUCCAUGUCUAUGAGUGA